AUACUCUCACUCAAGAAUCUAAUAUGUUUACAGAAAUAACUGUGAAUUUGUUGCAACACUUGGAAACCGUCACCCGUUUGGCUGUCCAAUACUUUUCUUUGGACGAGGUUACUGGACAAAUAAACACCACGCGGUUGUCGCAGCUUGUCUUCCACGUGGUUCAGCGGACCCUUGGCCACCAAACUACGGAAGGCUUUGAUGAUCUACUUAUUUUGCGACCGGUUGUGAGUUUACUUGCCAAUAUGAAUGCUGAAUUUGGGCACGUGUUUUUAAAGCAACUUGUGUCCGAUCCCGGCUUCCACAUGGACAACAUUGAAAAGGUUUUUGAAAAACUAAAACUUCAGCAUGACCUAUCGUUUCACGGCUCUGAUUAUGAUCGCUUUUCAUUACUUUUGGAUAAUAUUCGAGAAGUUUAUAUGCUCAAAAAGAAUAUGAGCAGUGAGGAAGCUGAGCAAAUGGGAGAAGUUUGUUCCAUUUGUUGUACCAAUACUAUUGAUCGAAAGUUUGAGCCAUGCGGACACAUGUCUUGCGCCCAAUGCAUAUUAAGGCAUCUGCUGAACGAAAGAUCCUGCUUUUUUUGCAAAAAGGAUGUUUUAAAAGUUAUAGAUGUUUCCAAAAUUUAAUUUAAGAAUAAAACUUUUUAUUUUUU